UUUUUUCUCACACUAACAACAAACCACCCACAGAGAAGGGAACAUAUGCACAGGAAGCCUUUACACAUGGAGAAAGGCGGCAGAAAAGUAAAGGGCAACGCCUGCUACUGUCACGGCAGAGUGAGCGUCUGAUUCGCUCUGAAACUCAUGCUGCUAGAAACGCUCUUACUCAACUGGGUGGGUUGUGUGUGACUGCUGUGUCGGUCACUUAGCAGAGCAGAAUGUCACGACGGGACCAAAGGUUUCGGAGGGGAAUAAAAGGACGGUGUUAUGAUUGUGAGUGCAUCCUGUCUAACUGGUACUACGAAAGAGGAGGACAACUCUACUGCAAGAAGCACUACUGGUCUCGCUUUGGAGAGCACUGCCACGGCUGCAAGGAGGCCGUUUCCACAGGACUGGUUAUGGUUGCAGGAGAGCAAAAGUACCAUCCUGAGUGUUUUACAUGCAUGAGCUGUGAAAUGGUCAUAGGAGAUGGAGACACUUAUAUGCUAGUUGAACGCUCACGGCUUUACUGUGGCCACUGCUUUUGUCAGGGUGUUGUGCCAGCUGUGAGAUCAACAUCUCUUACGCAGAGACCCCACAUGGUGGCGCUGGUGUUUCUUCCUCCCACUGCAGCUGGAUGUCGAGGCCUGACAAUUUCUGCUGACUUCAACCAAGACAAAAAACUUCUAAUUACUGUUACAAAUUUAGACCCAGGAGUCCUCAGUCCUGAUCUGCUGUCUUCUGUCCAAGCUGGUGAUCACGUUUUGGAGGUCAAUGGCAUCCCGGUCCACAACAUUUCCCCAGAUGAGAUAAACUGUGUAAUUCACGACACAAGCAGACCUCUCCAGCUCAUCAUUGAACAUAAUCCACAGUCACCUCAUGACCUUCUUCAACCAGACAGCCCCCCAAAUAACAUCAGCUGUCCUGACCCUCAUGUCCACGACAAACUUACUUCUAUCCAUAACCUCCCAAGUCUGGAAGAAGAGCCAAGUACACCAGAGGAACGACAAGAACAACAGACGAGCCUCUCACCGCCUCAGCACCAAGGAAGCACCGGGUUACGAACCAGGCAUAUUCUACGAAGUUACAGCAUAGAUAAAUAUCCCCUGUCUCCUGGAGCAUUGUCGUUUCUCUCUCAAAAGAGAGACAUGGUUCGCUCAGAGUCUCUUCGAGUCGACCCUGGGGAGCGGACACACCGUAUCUUCAGACCGUCGGACCUUAUCCAUGGAGAGGUUCUAGGCAAAGGUUGCUUCGGUCAAGCUGUGAAGGUAACGCAUCAGGAGACAGGGGAGGUAAUGGUGAUGAAAGAGCUAAUACGAUUUGACGAAGAAACACAGAAGACAUUUUUAAAGGAAGUAAAGGUGAUGCGCUGCCUUGACCAUCCCAAUGUUCUCAAGUUUAUUGGAUUGUUUUACAAAGACAAGCGAAUACAUUUUGUCUCUGAAUAUAUCCAAGGAGGAACUCUUCGAGAAACCAUUGCAAAAAUGGAGGAAGAUUUCCCCUGGAAUUUAAGAGUUGGAUACGCUAAAGAUAUAGCCGCUGGAAUGGCAUAUCUGCACUCCAUGAACGUGAUCCACAGAGAUCUAAACUCUUACAACUGCCUGGUCAGAGAGGACCAGUCUGUGGUGGUGGCAGACUUUGGACUUGCCAGGCUGGUGAUGGAUGAACGGAGUCGGACCAAAACUUCAUCUCUGGAGCGGAGCGUGAAGGGGCCACUGUCAGAGCUGCGCAAACCUGACCGGAGAAAACGGUAUACUGUGGUUGGGAACCCCUACUGGAUGGCCCCUGAGAUGAUCCAUGGAAAAACCUAUGACGAACGUGUGGACAUAUUUUCCUUUGGGAUUAUGACUUGUGAGAUAAUUGGCAGAGUGAGUGCUGAUCCAGACUACCUUCCCCGAACUAACGACUUUGGACUAAAUGUAGAAAGUUUCCUCCAGCAGUAUCACUCUCCACUGUGUCCAUCUGUUUUCCUGCCAUUGGCUGUUCUGUGCUGUGACAUCGAUGCUGAUAAACGACCCUCUUUUUCAAAGCUGGAGGAGUGGCUGGACAACCUGCUAAUGAACCUGGAAAUCAGCCUGCCUUUGCUUUCCGAGUUGGAGCAACUCUGUCAAGCCUUCUGGAAGAUUCACAACCACCAAAACCAGAAUGAAACUCCUGAUCAUCAAGACAAUCUGAGCCCUAAGCUUUGUUCAGACGAAGCAAAUGGCCACACAGAGCCUAAUCACUAUCAAGGCCAAAGUAGCAAAACCGACAAAGACGUGAAUGGUGAGCAACUUGCACAUGGCCACAAUCUGAGGACUAAAUCACAACACACAAACCAGCCCUGCUGCGAGUCUAAAAGCUCAGACCCGGGGAAGAGCGAGUGCGAGUCUCAAGAGGACAGCAACGUUAAAGAACAAGCCAAACCGCAGAUUGAGCCGACACUGGUGGGCCGACCAAACAGGACUAGAAGAACUUGUAGAGUGCUAUGGGAAAGAUCUACGGAGGAUAGCUCGUUUCUCUGAAUCGUUCUCAACAUAACUGCAUUCAAGUGUUAGGGAAUAAACACAUUUUUUUGAGGACAUUGGUACCUUGGCACCAAAUAGAGAAACGUAUUUUAACCGAUUACUAUGAAUUAGAUGCACAAAAUGUGCAACUGCAGGUUUUUGAAGAGGUUUGCAGCUUGAUAUUAAUUAAAUAACAGUCCAUAAACCAGUAUUUAAGAAGCAAAGCUAAAGCCUAGUUCAACAGGAAUUUAAUUCAGUAUUUUUUACAACAAAAGGUAUACUGAAAAAACAUCCUGAAAUUUCUGAAAUUGCAUGGAUGGAUGCUCUCUUUUGAUAGACUGUGUUAUAGUUCCACAGAAUAUAAAUUACCUCAAGCACACAAUUUAACAUUUCUGUAUUGCAAGGACUGUUUACUACUUGAUAAGCAAGAGCAUGUCUGUCAUAAGCUCAAAUUGUCAAAUGGCUCCAAUUUCAAAUUGGUCCAGAAGCUGUGAAAUAUGUUAUUUUAUUCUUUAAGGUAUGUUUAAUUAUGUUUUUAGAUUGUCUUAUGUCUUGUCCCAUACACUGAGCUAUGAAAUAACUACUAAUGCUAUUAAACUGUAGAUAAUAUUCAAAAAUA